AUGGCGGACCGACUACAACAGCGAUUUACGGAGCAUCUGCGGCUAAACAACCGGUAUCGUUGCGUGAUUUGUUCCCGGUCGCAAUUCGACCGUCGCGGCCUCGGCCGCCACCUAGAAACCGAGCAUGAUAAGCAGACGACCACGCAAGAAGGAGCUGCAGAGCUGCAGCGACUCAUAGAAGCCGGCAGGCCGCGCGAUAAGCCACCUGACCCCGCACUGCCUGCAGUCAGAACCCAUGCUCCGAGCUCCUCAAAACGACCAUCCCCCGAGCCAGAUAUACAACCAGGUGACCAAUCAGAGGGAGCUGGCGGCACCGGAGUUCGGGACAGAGGACCAGAUUGGUCGCCCUCCCAGGACAAGGACGACGACGAAGGAAGCGAUAGACGAAAGCGGAUCAAGUCUCCCACAAGCUCGGUGCAGGUGCAACACACCCAAGGUUCCCCGACGACGACAUCACGCAGCCGAGCCCGCCCACAGCUAUCUGCACGAGCUCCAGGCGACACUCUAGCUGAUCCCCGCAACCCUAAAGGCAGAAGAAUAUGGGAAGGGGGUUCUUUGCGACCGUCCGGCUACGUCCCCGGGCAGAGAGGCUCCUCGAGAUACCAGGAAGCAGACGAGGAAGAAGAUCGAAACACAGUCGAACGAUGCAUUAAACAGCCCCAGACGAGGCCAAUCAGUCACGAGCAAUUAGUAGCCGAAGUCAAGGGUAUCUAUGCCGGCCUUGUCAUGGUCGAGAGUAAAUGUAUCGAGGUUGACAAUGGGCAAAAUGCCCAGAGUGCCUCGGACGCCAAGUUGAGCGACGAACAGUGGCAAGCCCUUAUAGCAUUACACCGCACCCUCCUUCAUGAGCACCACGAUUUCUUUUUGGCUUCACAGCACCCGUCUGCUUCGGCCGCGCUGAGAAGAUUGGCCCUGAAAUAUGCUAUGCCCGCGAGAAUGUGGCGUCACGGCAUUCACUCUUUUUUGGAACUUUUGCGGGCAAGGUUGCCGGAGUCUCGGGAGCAUAUGCUGAGUUUUAUUUAUCUGGCUUAUUCUAUUAUGGCGCUUCUCUUCGAAACGGUGCCAGCCUUUGAAGACGUCUGGAUCGAGUGUUUGGGAGACCUUGGCCGAUACCGCAUGGCGAUCGAGGAUGAUGACCUCAGGGACCGAGAGGUGUGGACAACUGUGUCUAGACGCUGGUAUUCCCGUGCUUCGGACAAGACUCCUUCGACGGGUCGUUUGUAUCACCAUCUCGCCAUCCUUGCACGGCCUCAUGCCGUCCAGCAGCUCUUCUUUUACACUAAGAGCCUGACUGUGGCGGUGCCCUUUCCUGCAGCGAGAGAGUCCAUCCUGACCCUUUUGGAUCCAGUGCUGAGCGAUCCGACCAAAGUACAGACGUUUGAUUUGGCUUUUGUUGAGGUGCAUGCACUGAUGUUUACGAAGAGGCACCUCGAGAAGCUGCCCUACUCGAUGACCAAGUAUCACAAGGUGCUCGAUGAGCAGAUUGCCCGCAACCCCAGGGCCUACAUUGAGAUGGGAUACUUGACAGCCAUUGUGAACUGCUCUGCCGAGCUCGAGUAUGGCUCGGAGAGCAACUGUCUCAUCCAGACGAUUUCUCAGGCCAAGAAGGAAGUCGACGCUGAAAAUGCGAUGGUGGGUAUUGAAUGCUUUGAGCCUGAUGUCACACCCUCGGAGAUAUACAUCAAGGCAAGAAGCUUUUCUGUGAUCACCGAUGAAAUAAUCCUUCGCCGCUUUGGAGACACAAGUUGUUUUGGAUACAUCCACGCCAGACUAGUCUGGCUACUUCACCUGGCUGAGACUCCCCAAGCCAUGGCAUAUAUGGAAGACUUCUUCCCUUGGAAACUAUUGGUUUUAUCCCUGAACUUUCUGCUCGCCGAUCAGAAGGACCUGAGCAGCAUUGAGGCCGAAGCAUUUCCGCGGCCAGAGAAAGGAGAGCAGCGCCCCCUGCGAGAAGACUGGGCUCUCAGGGGCUACCCGGGCACCGACAACUAUUUCCCAUCCGACUGGUUCCGGCCCGAUCUUGAUGAAGAAGACAAGGCAUUCGAGACUGCCAGCAUGACCCAGGACCGGAAAGAGCGCAUCCUGUGGCUGGCAGUCAGGCUAGCUAGAUACCGGAAGUGGAUUACAUAUGACGGUGACAUUCAGCAUAGAUUCAACGCAGUGGCUAAGUACGACAUGGACGUGUCACUGGUGCUCAAAAAAGAGCCGGGACUGGAAGACGGAUCGGGUACGGAGGAUAGCGUGACGGACAGAGACACCACGAUGAGUUCACCCCCCACUAUCAUAGAAUGA